CUUCAUUCCCAGCUAUGUCGAUCUCUCCCUCGCUGCAUUAUAAUACUAUCCUCCUGCGAUCGAAUGCUCGCAUCCUUGCCCACAUUAUUCUCUAAGUUGUAUUGGGAGUUGGGGCUUCGGAAUGAUUGUGGAAUAAUACUUGGUUGUAAGGGAUAUACUGGGUAGGAGGCACAUGGUAUUUUGAAGUUGGGUAAUGCUGUGGAGCAGGGGGAUAGUAUUGUGAUAAUGGUGGAUAGAAUUGGGAAGAAGGGGGUAAUUGGGGGACCGAGGGUUCAGGAGGAAGAUGCUGCAUUUGAACAGCAUGUGACGGAUAUAUUUGAGAGGGGGCAGGAUAUUGUGACCGAGAAUGCUUUUUUGGACGAAGAUUGGGCUAUAAAAUAUGACCAACUUCAUUCGGUACCUCGACAAGAUCUUCCUCAUUUCCUUCCUCAUCAUCGCUAUCUGGGACAAGAACUCUUCUGUCUUCACCUGCAUUCUCAGCUUCUUGGUUUUUGUCGACCCUUCGAGACGCUUGAACACGCGCACAGUCUUUGGUAUAGUGAGUGGAACUUUGGCAGUGUUUACAGCGCCCUUUUUUUCGCUGGGUCAAUCCAGCCCCCAUAAUUCUUUCUGACUGAGUCAAGUACCUUCCUGAAGGUGCCGACAUCCGGUCUUCCUGCAACACUGGUGGAUUAGGGGCCUUCCUUCCCCGCUUGGUGCUUAAAAUGGGUGGAUCGAGGAUAAGUUCUUGGUCCUCACCGAAGUCAAAUACAUCAUCCAGCCGUAUGACUGAUGUAUCUGGGGUGCCAACAAGUCUGUUAAUAUGGUCAAGGUAUCUUUUGAGACUUGCGGCAGACCCGAGACGCCAGUGAGGAUGAAUGUGAUCCUUUUCAAGGUGUCUUCUUUCCCGGACGAAGCUAAUGAGACGAUGGGCGCAGGGCAAUCCAUGGGAUUUUGUAAACGAGCCACUGCACGGGUGUGAUUCUUCAAAGUCAUCGACACCUUCAUCGUAAUCACCCAAAUAUCUUUUGGCCAAAGUCAACUGCUCAGCAAGAAGCUUCAUUGCAGCGCGGGAUAUGGAGCCUUUUAACUAAACAAUUAUAUCAGCACGAUUACAAAAAGGACAGAAAGAAGGAAGGAACAUACCCGAACAAAAGUACUGGGAAUAUGUGUAGCACACCUCGUUCUCUCGAGCUCAAUUCUUUUCAAAAUUUUCAACCACUGCUGAUCAAAAUACGUACUUAGAGACCCAAUGACAAGCAGAAGAUCACCGUACUUGGUGUCAAUUGAUUUCUUAAGAGUUGCGUGCUGACCUUCUAAGCGUGAAUUACCGGUUUGUCCGAAGUGAAGUUGCUUGUUGAUAUAGGCAUGUACAAAGCGCUCCUUGAUUUCAUCCAAACCCCGGAUAUACGAGAUCGCUCGAGCAUAUUUCUGACCAGGAUAAAGUUCUUCCAUCUUCCGAUAACCUUCCUCAAGCUGCUCAUCCGAUUUUGCAUGUACACAAUACCGUACCCAAGCUUUGCAGAAAUUCGAGACAGCCAUGACGAUGUUCUCUUCGUCAACGAAACAGGGCCUUAUAUUGCUUUUGACAUUUUCUUGAAGAUGCCAGAAGCAGGAGAAGCGGUAAGCCUUGGGGAGGACAGACAUGAGAGCGUUGAUGAGUGCUGGGUCACGAUCGGUAAUGACAACCUUGACAUCCGGUUUGCCGACAAGUUCGAAGAACGAAUUGAGAGCUUGGGUAUACCAGUUUGUGGUUUCACGCAACAUCAAGAUGACUCCUGCAGUGUAUGUCAUACCUGUCGAUGUGGAUCCGACGAUAUGGAGCAUGGGCAUCCGGUACAGGUUCGUCUUGUAUGUGCAGUCGAAGAAAAGGACUUCGGGAAAUCGGUGAAUCAGUGCGCGAGCAGUUCGCUUGGUGUAAACCAAACCAAUGAGUUCAUCGCGUGUGUUGACAAACGG